UUUCGAAAACAUCACCGAGAGCGAACUCGAAUCCCGUAACCCUUUUGAUUCGGCCUUCGGGUGGGCGGCCAAACGAAGAGGGGGGAGAGGAUGGGCGGCGGAGGAGAAGAGCGGUGGUGCGUGGUCACCGGCGGCCGUGGCUUCGCCGCCCGGCACCUGGUCGAGAUGCUUCUUCGCUCCGACAUCUGGUGCGUCCGGGUCGCCGACCUCGCUCCCUCCAUCUCGCUUGACCCCCGGGAGGAGGACGGCGCCCUUGGCCACGCCCUCCGAUCAGGCCGCGCCGCCUACGUCUCCGCCGAUCUACGCAAUAGGGCCCAUGUCGUCAAAGCAUUUGAAGGGAUUGAGGUUGUUUACCAUAUGGCUGCUCCUGAUUCAUCCAUCAACAACCACCAGCUUCAUUACUCUGUGAAUGUUGAAGGUACCAAAAAUGUUAUUGAUGCUUGUAUCGAGUGCAAAGUUAAGAGACUAAUCUACACUAGCUCUCCUAGUGUGGUCUUUGAUGGUGUGCAUGGAAUUUUCAAUGGGGAUGAAACAAUGCCAUACCCAGAUAAGUUCAAUGAUUCAUAUUCAGAGACUAAAGCAGAAGGAGAAAAACUGGUUGUAAAAGCUAAUGGUAGGAAUGGGCUUCUGACAUGCUGUAUACGCCCUAGUAGCAUCUUUGGCCCUGGUGAUAGAUUGUUGGUGCCAUCACUAGUUGCUGCUGCAAAGGCUGGGAAGGCUAAGUAUAUCAUUGGUGAUGGAAAUAAUGUCUAUGACUUCACAUACGUUGAAAAUGUGGCACAUGCUCAUAUAUGUGCAGAGCAAACUCUAGCAUCUGAAGUGGGUGCAAAGAAAGCUGGAGGACAGGCCUAUUUCAUAACAAACAUGGAUCCAAUAAAGUUUUGGGAGUUUAUGUCACUGAUACUUGAAGGUCUUGGAUAUAAAAGGCCUAGUACAAAAAUUCCUGUCACUUUUAUGAUGCCAAUUGCUCACAUGGUAGAGUCGACAUACAAGCUGUUGUCUCGGUAUGGAAUGCCUGUGCCCCAGCUGACACCAUCAAGGAUUAGACUUCUAUCCUGCAACAGGACUUUUAAUUGUUCAAAGGCUAAAGAUCAGAUUGGUUAUGAGCCUAUUGUGUCUCUGAAGGAUGGCCUGGAAAAAACGAUCGAGUCAUACUCUCAUCUGAAAGCUGAGCAUAAAAAGACAACAUCCAAAGCUUAUCUCUAUCUGGGAGGUGGAAAAAUUGCCAACACACUUCUCUGGAAAGAUCAGAAACAGUCGGUCACAGCAUUGCUACUCUUGAUUGCCAUCUAUUAUUACUUAUUCACAAGUGGAUAUACGUUGAUUACAGCAAUGGCAAAGCUUCUCUCAUUUGUUGCACUAUUCUUGUUUAUUCAUGGUGCCUUGCCUAAGAAAAUAUUUGGGUACAAAAUUGAGAAAAUGCCACCUUCAUAUUUUAACAUAUCAGUAGAGCAGGCACGUAGCCUUGCUUGUUCAGCCACUUAUUCAUGGAACAAUGGAAUUGGCAUAUUGAGAUCUCUUUGCAAGGGAAAGGAUUGGUCAUUAAUGUUUAAGGUGAUUAUCUUCUUAUUAGCUCUCAAUGUCCUGGGCACGACGUCACUGCAGACAGUAUACAAAAUAGGUGUCUUUAUAACUUUCUUUGCCUUCUAUGUUUAUGAGAAAUCGGAAGAUGCAAUUGAUAGUUAUUUUAAUGAUGCUUUCUCGUACUUACUAAGGCUGAAGUCUGAAGCAACCCAGAGGCUCUUGAAGCACAAAUGAUUUUGACCAGUAUUGGGUAAUGUUGAUCUCAGACAUCAUGAGAACACAUGUUUAAACUUUUGUUUAAAGUCUGGUUUCAUGCACCCAUUGGUUCUUUGCUGCAUGUUCUUGUCGAUGAUGGGCGGUUCGUUCAUCUGACUCAUUGUCAAUCAUCCUGUUUUGCUGUAUUAAACCGUGGAGUUUUGCAGCUCAUCUACGGUGACUGCUGCGAAUUCUCCUAUUGUGUGAUCUGAAGUCGUGGUUUGAUCUGUUUGUUGAACCUUAAAGAUGUGUUGUUUUUGUCGCAA